GCGCCGGGGGCGGAGCUCGGGACCGAGGGAGACCGGGUGGCGGCGACUCCGGCUCCGCGAGGUGGGGGCCGUCGGGGCGCAGCCAGGCGGCCGCGAUCUCCGCGGGACGCGUUCCGCCGCGGCCCGAGGCGGCGACAUGAGUGCCGCGGGGCUGCUGGCUCCCGCGCCCGCCCCGGCUGCAGCGCCGCCUGCCCCGGAGUACUACCCCGAGGACGACGAGGAGCUGGAGAGCGCCGAGGACGACGAGCGCAGCUGCCGGGGCCGCGAGUCCGACGAAGACACCGAGGACGCUAGUGAGACAGACCUGGCAAAGCACGAUGAGGAAGACUACGUGGAGAUGAAGGAACAGAUGUAUCAGGACAAACUGGCGUCUUUGAAGAGGCAGCUGCAGCAGCUACAGGAAGGUACGUUACAGGAAUAUCAGAAGAGGAUGAAGAAGCUGGAUCAGCAGUACAGAGAGAGGAUCCGGAACGCAGAACUCUUCCUCCAGCUGGAAACCGAACAGGUGGAAAGGAACUAUAUCAAGGAGAAGAAGGCGGCCGUGAAGGAGUUUGAAGACAAGAAGGUGGAACUGAAGGAGAACCUGAUCGCCGAGCUCGAGGAGAAGAAGAAGAUGAUUGAGAAUGAGAAGCUCACGAUGGAGCUGACAGGAGAUUCUAUGGAGGUGAAACCCAUCAUGACCAGAAAAUUGCGGAGGCGACCAAAUGAUCCUGUCCCCAUUCCAGACAAGAGGAGAAAACCAGCUCCCGCUCAGCUAAACUAUUUGUUAACGGACGAGCAGAUCAUGGAGGAUCUGAGAACGUUGAACAAGCUUAAGUCACCUAAGAGGCCAGCUUCCCCAUCCUCUCCUGAACACUUGCCUGCCACACCUGCAGAGUCUCCAGCCCAGAGAUUUGAGGCUCGGAUAGAAGACGGCAAACUGUACUAUGAUAAAAGAUGGUACCACAAGAGCCAAGCCAUCUACCUAGAGUCAAAGGACAACCAGAAGCUGAGCUGUGUGAUCAGUUCAGUGGGAGCCAAUGAGAUCUGGGUGAGGAAGACCAGCGACAGCACCAAGAUGAGGAUCUACCUGGGCCAGCUGCAGCGCGGGCUCUUCGUGAUCCGCCGGCGAAAACUCUUAACUUACCGGGACUAGCUGCUUGGCCUGGAACAUGGAGAGCGCUGUGGGAUCUUCAAGGCACUCACAUGGCCGGCCACUUCCAUCUCUGUACCGUUCUUUCCUGCCUCGGCUUCUUCCAGAGUCAGUCACCAGAAACUUACUCUCAGGAGUAUGGGGGUUUCAUCCACUUCCCUUUUAUUUUUAUUUUAUUUUUUUGUUUAUACUUGAUCCUUUUUUUUUUUAACCCUCUUUUGAGUUUGAAGGGGAGCUCUUUUUAAUAAGUAUCUUGAGGUCUUUCUCCCAUGAAGAGCAGCGAAUGUGUUUUUCUGUGUGAUCUGAUUGGUGGAUUGUGUGCCUGCUUCCCUUGUUAGGCCCGGAAGUGUGGGGUAGGAGAGUUCUCUCGGCUCUGCCAUCUCCGAGAAAUAAAUGAUGUGUAGCAUCUCAUCUGCCUUGCGCCUCUCACUGGCCCAGCGGCUGGGCUUCAGUCUUCACCCUGGGGACUGCAUCCGGUGGGCGGGGCUAGGAGAGGGGGCAGCGCACGUUCCUAGCACGCUAGAGUUCCCAGUCUGGAUGUUCUUGAAUGCACAUGAUUUAUUUAGACAUGCCUGUCCUUGCUCAGGGUAGAAGAAGUGGUAAUUUCAGAAAUUUCUAUUUGUAAUUCCUCUCUCCCAGUGGCUGUGGUCUGGGUCUUCUCUGCUAGUUGGGGGUUUUUGCUGGAUCCGCCAUAGAACCCCUAACCUCUCCUGAGAUUUUGCCCAUGUUGGUAACAAGGAGAGCUCUGUCGUGCUGCAGCCACCAAAUCUGUGUGCUUUUUCUUGAGCACCCCCAAUGAAGCCUCCCGUCAUGGCCUCUUUUCCUCCCUGGCCCUUCCGUUGGAGAAAUGACUAGCGGGGCAGUGGGUUCUUUGUGCUCUAACUACCACUGUUCCCAUGUGAAGAAGUGGGUUCGAGCAACCGUUCCCAUCUCUGUGGACUCCAGUCGGCCGUCUGCAUUUCAGAGUCCCCCCUGCCCCACCCUGGAGAUGGGGUUUCUCUGUGUAGCCUUGACCGUCCUGGGAACAACUCUGUAGACCAGGCUGACCUCAAAUCUGCCAGCCUCUGCCUCUUGAAUUCUGGGAUUAAAGGCAUGCGCCACCACUGCCUGGCUUUUAGAAAUCUUUACAAAUAAUCUGUUUGGUUCUUAGCCCCUUGGACUCCAUUCAUGUUGCCUCUUGAGGCCACAGUGGUGGCUCUGACUCGGAGGAAAGACUGUACAAACGGACGUAUUAUACAAACGGACGCGUUGUUCUCAUUUACAUCCAUUGUCUCUCAUUGAAAUUUUUAAGAAACCAUGAUAAAUGAUGAUGUUUAUUAAUUAAAAGUUGCCAAGUGGUC